AACUUUUCCAGAAAGCCCUAAAACCCACUUCUCCCCUUCACUCUCGAGAAACCCCUCUGUUUUUUCCCUCCUCUCAAAGCUCGAUCCCUUCCUUACUCCGCCACCCGGCCACCCAAAAUCUCGAUCCAGACUCGACAAAAGAAACAAGAUGUCUCUUCGGGUACUGAAUCCGAAUGCCGAGGUGCUCAACAAAUCUGCUGCCCUUCAUAUGAAUAUCAAUGCCGCCAAGGGUUUGCAAGAUGUCCUCAAGACCAACCUUGGCCCCAAAGGCACCAUUAAAAUGCUUGUUGGUGGAGCUGGUGACAUUAAGCUCACUAAGGAUGGUAACACUUUAUUGAAGGAGAUGCAAAUUCAAAAUCCAACUGCAAUAAUGAUUGCAAGGACGGCAGUUGCUCAAGAUGAUAUAGCUGGUGAUGGAACCACUUCCACUGUACUUUUUAUUGGUGAACUUAUGAAGCAAUCUGAGCGUUAUAUUGAUGAUGGGACGCAUCCACGUAUUCUAGUUGAUAGUUUCGAAAUUGCUAAAAGGGCAACAUUGCAAUUUCUUGAGAAGUUUAAGACUCCUGUUGUGGUGGGCGAUGAGCCCGAUAAAGAGAUACUAAAGAUGGUAGCAAGAACAACUUUAAGAACAAAGUUGUAUGAGGCCUUGGCAGACCAAUUAACUGACAUAGUUGUAAAUGCGGUGCUCUGCAUUCGCAAGCCUGAAGAAGCUAUCGAUCUUUUUAUGGUUGAGAUAAUGCACAUGCGCCACAAGUUUGAUGUAGACACUCGCUUGGUUGAGGGUCUUGUCCUCGAUCAUGGUUCCAGACACCCAGACAUGAAGAGGAGAGCAGAGAAUUGUUAUAUUUUGACUUGUAAUGUGUCCUUGGAAUAUGAAAAGAGCGAAGUAAAUGCAGGAUUUUUCUACUCAAAUGCAGAGCAGAGAGAAGCUAUGGUUGCAGCAGAAAGACGAUCUGUUGAUGAAAGAGUGCAAAAAAUUAUUGACCUGAAAAACAAGGUUUGUGCAGAUAAUGAGCACAAUUUUGUUGUCAUCAACCAAAAGGGGAUUGAUCCCCCAUCAUUGGACUUGCUGGCUCGCGCAGGGAUAAUUGCACUUCGAAGGGCAAAAAGGAGAAAUAUGGAGCGAUUGGUUUUGGCUUGUGGUGGGGAGGCUGUUAACUCUGUUGAUGGCCUAACUCCUGACUGUCUUGGUUGGGCUGGUUUAGUCUAUGAGCACAUUCUUGGAGAAGAGAAAUAUACAUUCAUCGAGAAAGUUAAAAAUCCUCACUCUUGUACGAUCCUUAUUAAAGGUCCAAAUGAUCAUACUAUUGCUCAAAUUAAGGAUGCUGUCCGUGAUGGACUAAGAGCAGUAAAAAAUACUAUUGAGGAUGAGGCUGUUGUACUGGGAGCAGGUGCCUUUGAAGUUGCAGCUAGGCAAUACCUAGUGAAUGAAGUGAUGAAAACUGCUCAAGGGCGUGCAAAACUUGGUGUGGAAGCUUUCGCUGAUGCCCUUCUUGUGGUUCCAAAGACACUGGCUGAAAAUUCUGGCCUUGACACCCAGGAUGUGAUCAUUGCUCUUACAGGUGAACAUGACAAGGGAAACAUAGUGGGCCUAAACCAUCAUACUGGAGAACCAAUUGAUCCUCAAAUGGAGGGUAUAUUUGACAAUUAUUCUGUGAAGCGACAAAUUAUAAACUCUGGCCCUGUCAUUGCAUCGCAGUUGCUUCUUGUGGACGAAGUAAUUCGUGCUGGGCGUAACAUGCGGAAGCCAAAUUAGAUUAUCUUAAGGUAUUAUAUUUUGGUGUAUUGAUGUCAUUUUUGAUGUUGCUGUUUACCUUUUUAACCUGGAGGUCAUCAAGGCAGCGCCAAGAACGAAACACUGUAAAUGAACAAUUUGUUGAUGUUCAGUUAGUAGAUUUUUGUUGCUGCUCCUACAGAUUGUCUGCCUUGUUGGAAAUCGAGUGCCGAAAAGAUCUGCUUUUCUUUUCAAUAUGACUUUGUUAAUCACAUUUUAGGUCAAGAUUUGCUCGUUUUCACAAGCUUGCUAAUUUUCUUGAA